AUGUCGAGCCAUGAUGAAGCUGAUUUGAGUGGGGAUGUCGAUAAACUAACGAGUAAUACGUCAUCUGCUGAAUUACCGAAUACUAGCGAUGAAACAGCCAUAAAUCAGGCCAAAACGGGUUCACAAGUUGGUUCAUUCUUUAUAGGAUUGGUUAUUAUUUUAAUAGCUUCAAUUAUGAACUCAAUAGGUUUAAAUAUAGUACAAAAAGAUCACUUAAGCAAUCAGUCACUACCAAAAGAUCAACAAAAGCGUGAUCUCAGGAGACCUUUGUGGUUUCUUGGUAUGUCGCUAUACAUAUUGUCACAGCUCCUUGGAUCCACGUUAGCUCUGCAAUACAUGAGAGCAGAAUUCGUCGCACCUUUAGGAUCUACUAAUCUGAUAUUCAACUUCUUAAUCGCUAAUUACAUGCUCAAUAUACCAAUUACGAAGAGAGAUAUACAAGGCACACUCUUAAUUGUCGUUGGUGUUAUAGGUAUAGUCGGUUUUGGUAGCGUUAAUGAUGGAAUUAGUGAUUUCCUCGAUAUUAACGUAUUGAUUGAAUUAUGGGGUCGUCUCGCUUGGUUGUUAUGGUUCUUUAUCCUGCUCAUAAGUACAUUCAGUAUUUAUGUCAUUGGUUUAGAUCUGGAGAAGAUAUCUAGACGGCGAGCAGAUGAAAGCGGAUAUGCUACACCAACAACAGAUCAGCAACCAACUAAUUCGCGUAUUAAAGUCUUCCUUAGUAAAUUUACUUUCAUUUUCACUGCUAUCAGAGCAAAAAUGUUCAAAACGCUUGAAAAUAUCGUCGGAAAUAUCGAUGAUCCAUCUUUAAAGAAAGUAGUUGGUCUAGUAUGGGCAAUUGAAGGUGGUAUUAUGGCAUCAGAGUGUCUUAUUCUAGCAAAAGCAACUGUAAAACUUGUCUCCACGCAAUUCUCUCACAAUGAAGCAGCUAAUCAAUUCGCUCAUCCUUUGUUCAUCUUGACAAUCUUGCUCUUAGCCACGACUGCAAUUGGUCAAAUAAUAUGCUUGAACAAAGCUCUAGCGCUUUUCGAUACGACCAUGGUCGUUCCUAUAUUUUACGGUCUAUACACUUCAAUUGGAUUUAUAAACACUUUGAUUUUCAUGAACCAAUUAAUGGCAUUUAGAGCUUGGGUAUUAUGGUGUAUCGGAUUCUCGACAAUCUUGCUUUUGAGCGGAGUCUACCUACUUUCAGCGAAGAAACCGAGUCAGGAGGAAAUAAAUGAGGAACAAACAAAUGAUGAGAUACCAUUGAACGUUAGGUCAAGUAAUAGGGACGUCGAAGCAUCCCAUGACAAUGAAAACAAAGAUGAUUACGAUGAUGAUGAUGAUGUAGUUUGGGAUAUAGGUGAAGCCAGUGAUGAAGAUAACCACGAUGAACAAACUGAUGUCCGCAAACCAUUACGCAAGCAGCAACCAGAAAAUGAGACCGAGCCAAAUCCUAAUGCAUAAAUAAUCUAAUUGAAAUAAGGAAAUUGUAUAAGAAAUUUUUAUAAUAGACUACUGAAAUCGCACUUUUCUGUUAAUAGAUGUGUUAUCUUCUCCAUAUUAACUUUAUCAACCUCAUCAAACCCGUUUAAAACCAAACUAUCAAAAUCCAUAACACCGAUGCAGGUACCGGAUGAUGAAAAAACCGGUAAAACUAAUUCAGAUUUAGUUGUUGAAUCGCAUGCAAUAUGUUUACCAGGAUAUUCAUCCACAUUUGGUACUAGAAUUGGCUGUGAUUUACAGAAAGUAUCUGCACAAAUACCUUUGUUCAACUCAGCUUUAAUGAUUUGACAGGCGGGUAAACCAUGGAAUGGACCAAGUUCUAAUAUCUUUGUUGAUUUGUUGUAUAUAUAGAAGCCAGCCCAAUUAAUUUUAUUGAUUUCUUUCAAUGUCCAGAAUAGAAUAGAUGCAGUGUUUGAUAAAUUACUAAUCCAAUUCGUUUGUCCUGUUAAUAAGCUAUCCAAAUUAGUAAGAAUAUCAUCAUAAACCUCUUGCUUUGGUCUAUAUGAGUCUAUGUUUGCGGCGUCUG